UCUAAAGUGUCAUUCGUUUUUCCGUAGUUCGAUCUUACGUUUUGUUCUUGAACCGGUUAAGAAUUUUGUUUGGAUUUUUACAAAAAUGAAAACUUUUAUUGUAAUUUUCGCUUGUUUUUUACUCGCUAAUGCAGCGUAUAUUAAGAAAACUGAAGAAGAUUCAAUUCGUUUUAAUAAUGAAUGUGAACAAUCUUUAAAAAUUCCAAAAGAACUUAGAGCAAAAUAUGAUAAAGAUGAACUUCCUGAUGAUGAAUUAACACAUAAAUUUAUUAAAUGUAUUGCACUUAAAUUUGAAACAUGGAAUGAAAAAGAUGGUUAUGUUCCAGAAUUAUUGGCAGCACAAUUUGGUCAAAAUAAAAAAGCAUCAAUCGAAAAAUGUUUAACAAAACGUAAUCCAGAUUGGACAACAGAAAAAUGGGCAUGGAAUAAUUGGAAAUGUUUAUCAGCUAAUGGUGUACCAAGAGUUUAAUUUAUAAAUAACAAAAAUAAAAAAUGUGUGCAUAACAUUGCGAAAAAAUAAUUUAACAAAAAUUUAAGCACAUAUUUUUAAUAAUUUGUGCCUUUCAAU